AUGGUAGGGAUUAGGAAGUCUUUAAGUUCUUUGAGUGAUAUGAAGAAACAGAAGAGAUGCAAUCCUCAAGACAAAACCCAACAACCUUUGAGAAAAGUUAGGAUCUUGGUCAACGAUCCUGACGCUACUGAUGAUGAUUCAUCAAGCGACGAGGGGGAGACAGCAAAGAUGAGACGCAUCGUCCGUGUGGUUAACUUUCCAUCUCUGGAGUCUGCUGCUCCUCCUCGCGUUGAGCCUACUUCUGUGAGUUCUUCACAGGACAGUACCAAAACAGUAAGCAAGAAAGCAGCAGCUUCUCGUCCUAGUUUGUCUAGGAAGAAGCCUGUUGGUGUCAGGCAAAGAAAAUGGGGUAAAUGGGCUGCUGAGAUUAGACAUCCAAUAACUAAAAACAGAACAUGGUUGGGUACUUUUGAUACUGAAGAAGCAGCUCAUCAAGCUUAUAAAGACAAGAGGAAAGAGUAUGAUGCACUUGUCGGUAUUACUAAUGAUUCCGUGUCUGAGAAACCUGAUGUUUCUUCCUCUGAGACUAGUCAAUGCUCUCGCUCUUCACCUCUUGAGCAGGACACUUCAGCUUCAACACCAACCCUUAAAGAAGAGAUCAAGAUCACUGCUACAAAUGCUACUGGUUCGAGCAAGGAAGUGUUGUUUGGUUUCAACUUUGCUGAGAUACCAAUACCUGAUCUUGGUUUCUUUAGUGAAGAGGAACAAAUGGCUAAUCUUGGUUUCUUUACUGAAGAGAAUGACCAACUAAACUUGGAUUGUUUGUUCACUGAUGAUCAGUUUGAUGAUUUCACUAUGCUUGGAUUCGAAGACAGUGGUCCGAGCGAGCUACCUGAUUGUGACUUUCCAGAUGUUGAGUUCGACUCUAGCUUCUUUUUCGCUGAUCAACACAUCCCCAUGAAAAGUUUUGCAGCUUAA